CAUAGCAUUCGAAAUACAUGCGGUUUUCCAAAACGGGAAGGCCAGGGUAUAUUGAUAUAGGUCUCUGGAUGUUUAGUAUGUUCAAAAAAUUGUUCAGUUUCAAGUAGAACAUAACCAUUGAUACCAAGCUCGUUUUGACACAUUUUGUUCAGGAGAACAUACAGAGACCUACAUGUAUAUCCAUACACAGCAGCCUUUCCAUUUUGGAAUGUAUCAUAUAUUUUCGGACGCUACAUCUUUUGCCCCGUUCAGUUCCAAUUUAGCCUAGAGAGACACUGCAGGAAAAAUUGUAAACACUCAAAAUGAAAUUAAUUCCAAAAAAUAAUGUCUCCAUAGUCCAAGAUUAGGCUAUUGUCUGAAGGAUAAAAAAUAGCGAACCUUUCCAUGAUGUGGAAAAGUCCAAGGGAGGGGAAUCCUUCUGAGAGACACUGUAGCAACAUACCUCAGUUGUCUGGAAUUAAAUAAUGAGUUUGUUGACGGACAAAUAACAUGGUCCCAAACUGGUGUACAGAUCCUUACUCUUGUGCUAUAUUAAUGGUUAUCUUGCAUCAAGUCAACUGUGUCAUGCAUGUUAAUGUAAAAGAGGAAGGAAAUGCUCAUUCCUUUCAGUUAUGCUGUGCAAACAUUCAAUGUGUCAAUCACCCAAUUGCUUGUUUGUUAAAUGGCAAGGAACUGACCUUAAGGAGAAGACCCUCUACCCUUCUUUCUACUACAGGGAGAUACAACGAUGAGAACUACAGGAAGUGUGUUGGUGGUCGUUAUCUGGUCUGUGACAGGAACUAUGGCAACAAAAUGUGGACAAACAAGUCAAGUGACGGUGUCUCCCACCAACCCAGUGUGGGGACAGAAAGUGAUAUUGACCUGUAACGACCCCUGUAGUCUGACUGACAACAAAAACCACACCUACAUCUGGUACAAGACCGGACAACGUCUUGUCAAUUCCACCAUCCAGACAUACACAGACACCAGUUAUUAUACACACAGUUACUCCUGUGCUGUAAAUGGUUCUGAGGAUCUUCGCUCUCCUGUAGUUUGUGUUCUGGGUGAGUACUGUUUCAAUGUGACUUACACCCAUCAGAGAAUCUGUGCCUUGAAGGGGUCAACAGUGGAUCUUCCCUGCACAUAUAAAUAUCCACGUAAUCAUACAUUCAUAGAAAGGACCUGGUAUAUCCAAAGAGAAAGUGAUGAGGCGCUAACAAACCUGAGUUCAUUGCCAGAGUAUUCAGGUCGUGUGAAGUACCUUGGAGAUAAUGUGAGUGACUGUACCCUGAGAAUCACAGACCUGAGAGAGACUGACUCAGCUGAGUACAAGUUCGCAUUUAAAACAAAUUUUGCACAGUGGGGGUACAGCUUCCCUGGAACAACUCUGACUGUCACAGGGACUAAUCCCUUGGGUCCGCCUGCAAUUAUAGGAAUCAUAGGGUUUAUUCUGGUUCUCAUCCUCUGUCUCUCUGGCUUUGUGUGGUUCAGGAAGAAGUCCUCCACCAAUCACACAACUGACUCAGCGGACAAUAGACAGAGGGACUCUGGUCCUGUUUAUGACAACACCUCCAUGCCCGUGGCCUCUGCAGAGCAGACAAUGGCCUCCGACGACCAGACUGACCUCCACUACGCCAGUGUUCACAUCACUCGCUCCAGAGACCAGGUGGUGCCCCUGUACUCCACCGCCCGACUCCCUCCACCCCAAACCCAGGAAGAGGACGUCCAGUAUGCGGCUGUAAAAUUCAACUGUCCCAGUGCUGCCACCCGGUGAUCAAGUCAUGACAUUACAGGGUUAACGUGAAUAGGUUUUCUCAAAUGUGGGGGGGUCGUCUGCUUGGCUGUCAGGAAGAGUAAACUACUGUUUGUGAUUGGCUGAGAUUCAGUAAGAUAUGCAAUGACUUUACAAUUGUUUGUGUCAAUUGAAAUGAACAAUGGCCGUUAAUAUCCUCAGCAUACAUUCUUUUUUAAGCCCUCGAUAUGUAAUGUCUGGAUAUAAAUAUUUGAUCUGAUUUCAUUAGUCAGUAUUUCUGUAAUCCUAACAAACAGAAAUGGAGACUGUGGACGACCUUUUCUGGACAAUACAGUGCUUUCUGAGAAGUAUCCAUGAUGUAGUAUUUCAUGUCUGGAUUUGGAUCAAAUUCCUUCCACUGAAGAUUCACGUUAAGAGGUAAUGAAGCUGUCGAGGCCAUUUCAGACAGAGCAACGUCCACCAAUCAGAGAUAUUCCCUAUUUAUUUUUAACUCCUGUGGCACGGGUCUUCUACAGCACCAUUUGGAUUCAGACCCUAGUUUCUCCAAGAAAACAACUAUGACUUUCAGAUUAAUGUUUAUCCUAAAACUGGUCUUGGCUUUAUUGAAUAGGGUCCAUGGUUUAAAUUACACAGUAUAAUCUACUAUGUUCCAUAGGCCAUAUGAUCAAUGAAGACAGUAAUUUAAACAUCACAUAACAUCUCUGUGUGUCUGGACUGGACAAGACAAGUGGUUGCAUCUGAAAUAGGAUCUGUAGCCUGGGAUCCACUUUCAUGACUGCUUUUCUUCUAGUUUAUAUAAGAAAUACUAUUGUGAAAAUUACAGAUUUAUUGUCUAUUGUAUGUGUUGCUUUGUAUGGACCCCAGGAAGAGUAGCUGAUUCUAAUGGAGAUACACAAUCAAUACACAAAUCCUCUUGCUAACAGUCAGAAGGCAAAUUGGUACUGGGAACUCCAAAUGUCAUUUCAUCACUCUUGUGGACGGCUGAUCUGAUGAUGUCACACAUCACCAUGCCGAUGUUUAAUGAUGUCAUUUCCACAGUUAAAGAGUCGUUAAUUAAUUUGUGUUGUCCUUAUUAUUUUAUGAUCAGCUUGACACUUUCAGUUUCAUUGAAAGUGUUUCAGAAAUCAGUUUUUGCCUUUUCAUUAAAAGAAAAACAGUUGAUCUUC